AUGGACCACGGCAUUUGCAGCUUUACAUUUAUGAUGGUGAUCAAACGUUGUCUCACAGGAUCUAGAGACCGGCCACAAUUUGACCUCCUAUCGGACUUAUUCCCUGAAUCAACUAUUAUCAAUCCAACAAACGACGACCUCAUAGAAUUACUUUGCUUGCAACUGGAGAUAAUUGAUCCCCGUUUAUUCGAGAUCGAAUGGGUCAGGAUCUCUAAGCCUUAUCCAAUUAGUUUAACUCUAAGACAAAUAAGGAACAUAUUGUUCAUAGAUUAUGUGGACCCAGAUUGCUUCAAUGUGGCUGUGCGUGUACUAGCGAGCCACCCAUCAAACUUAUGUAGAGAUCAACUGGUUCACUUAAUGGAUCUGAAGUUUUGCACGAUGUCCAAAUUUGCACGAGACGCGGGUUGUCGUGAAAUGUUAGACGUUGAACAGCUGGCACAAUUGUUUCGUAGCUGGCCUGGCUGCAUCGACGAGUACCAUAUCUCAGAUUGUGACACGAUUUAUUUGCCUUAUGAAAUUUAUGGGCUAUAUAUGUUGUUCGUCUUCAACCUUCAAAAAAAAAUUGUCUAUAUUUUGAAUCCGCUUCCAAUACAAUCUUGGGGAGAGCAUUUAUUUAAAACUAUGGAAAUAGGUAAAAACAACCUUGCCGUCGAAGUUGCAAACCCUGGAUGGAACGAUGAUAUAUGUAAAUGGGAAUGCAAAGUUUCUGAUGUUAUUCCAAGGAACUAUCACGGGUACGAAGACGACUUCUUGCUCAAACAAUGA